CUCAGAUAUCUUCAGAUAUGUUAUAUUCAGAUAUGUUAUCGCGUUUCCGGUAUCUACUUUACUUUGUAAGUCUAAAGCAGUGGCGUAACCGGGAAGCAGAGGGGGUUGCGGUCCAAGGAUCUCUUAAAACAGAAUUUUAUUUUUAAUUACAUUGUCCAUUACUAUUUGCCUUGAUAUUCUAUAAGUUUUACUAGAUCUCUAUAUCGAAAGAUAUAAUUAACACAAAAAUAAAAACGCCUAUAUUUAGCAACUUUGAUCGUGAUGUUUUUUUCAAAAACUUAACAUGAUAUGCCAUUUUUACGGACAGUGACAAAAAAUUUAUCAGAAAUGACUUGAUAAAACUUAACCCUAACUAUACACAUUUUUUUUACCCCUGAUGUACACACUUGAGUAUCCUAGAAUUUUAUCAUAUUGUAAGCAAUCAUUUUUGUGCACAAACGAAUUGUUAGCAAAAGUGACGUAGGCAAACGAUACUGUAGGCAAUCGAUCUGUAAGCAAACAGGAUCCUCUUCAAAUUUUGAAGUUACGCCAUUGAGUCUAAAGUAUAUAUGUAUAUCAUUUUUCAAUUCCUGUAGAAGAAUUAUAUCAGGUUUGUCCCCACAUUUUGCUCGCAAUUCAUGAUGGCAGAUCUCAGUUACAGUUAACAUAAUUGUUCGUUGCAGUAUUCAAAAUACAGUCCUUGUAGAAGGUACACCAGAAAUAUCUUAAAGUUUGCAUCUUUGGACAACAUUAUAAAAAAUGACAUUGACAAUCAUUAAGUUUGUCUUCGUAAUCAUCACUUUUGUUUGCUGGUCUACAUCAUCAAGAGCAAAUGUUUACUUUGCCAUAGAAAAUUAUAUAAAUGAUCAAUCGCUUCAAUCUCUGUGUAAUGAUAAUGCGGCUCUAAACUUCUCGAAUGCAGUGAUCUCUGAAAUCAAUGAGAAUUUCAUCAGCAGCCCUGUGAUUACCUGCCUCAAUUUUAUGGACAAUACUAUUGGAAAAAUUGGGAAAGGUGCCUUCAAAAAAUUACCAAAUUUAACUCAAUUAUUUCUUUCGAACAAUAGAUUGGACAACGGAAAUCGACUAAUUCUUAACUUUGGAAGUCACGAUCAGUUACAAGUGCUUGUUAUGAAUAAUGCAAACAGAUUCAGAUCAUAUUCUAGAUCAUCUAUACAGAUUUUCGGUGAAUAUCCUAACUUAGAAAUUUUAUCUCUCCGUGAAAAUAAUGCCAUCGAUUUAGAAUUUGCACAAGAAACUUCAUUUGGGAAAUACUAUUUUACUUAUACGACGCCGAUGACUUCACAAAACUGGAUGCCAUUCCCCAAAUUAAAGAUCUUGGAUCUCUCCGAAAACAGCAUAACAAGAACCAAUUUUGUACAACUACUGUCGAACAGCUUAUACUUUCUUGAUCUUCAUGAUAAUUCGCUUAGUGAAUUGAACUUAAACGAAAAAGGAAACAAAUUGUUCACACUAAAUUUGGAUAAAAAUAAGUUUAACAAUAUUCAACAAUACAAUAAUGGGUACAACGGUGGUUUAUCGAUGGCUGAUCUGAAGAAUCUACACUAUCUUUCUGUUUCUAGAAAUGAGAUUAAUACUAUCGAAUCAGAUGCUUUCCAAAACAAUAACGAAUUGCUUUUUUUGAACUUAUCCUCAAAUCGCAUACGUCACCUACAUCCAAAAACAUUUGCAGAUUUGCAGUAUUUAAAAACACUUGAUUUAAGUAACAACCAACUCGAAGUUCUGCAAAUCUCAAUAAAUGAAACAGAAAUUAGCACUUUAUAUAUUAAUAAUAACAACAUAAAAAAUAUAACUUCGGAUACUUUUAUGCAGAUGCCGAAAUUGAUGAAAUUGUUAAUGGGAAAGAAUAAGAUUGAUAAAAUAGAUGUUAAUACGUUCGCUCAUCUUACUAUCCUAGAAGAAUUAGAUUUGUCGAGCAAUAUGUUAAGUUCUUUGCCGGAAGGGUGGACAGAAUCCCUUGUAUCUUUAAAAUAUUUGAAUUUAAGCGAUAAUAAAUUCACUUCGCUAGAGUCUUUGUCACUGACAAAUACGUUGCCAUUGAUAACAGUAUAUUUAAUGAAAAAUUCAUUAGAAUAUCUUAAUGUUAAAUAUUUUGAGAAUUUACCACAAAAUCUCACUAUUGACUUGAUAAAUUCAAAUUUUACAAAAUAUAUAAAAUUAAUCAUCGCAAAGAUUGCCUUUACAACCAUUUUCUUUUGCUGGUCUACAUUAUGUGCAACAGCAAACGAUGUUAAUUUUACUAUAGAAAACUACAUGGACGAAUCGCUUCAACCUAUAUGUAAUGAUAAUAUUUCUUUAAAUUUCUCAAACGCUGUGAUCUUUGAAAUAAAGCGGGAUUUCAUCAGCAGCCCUGUGAUUACCUGUCUCAAUCUUACAGGCAAUAGUAUUGAGAAAAUUGGUAGAGGUGCCUUCGAUAGAUUACCAAAUUUAACUCAAUUGUUUCUUUCAAACAAUAAAUUGUCUAGCGGAAGUGAACUUCUUAACUUUGGAGGUCACGAUAAGUUACAAGUGCUUAUUAUGAAUUAUGCAAGCAGAAAUGACUAUUCACAAUGUUCCUACUUGUAUAAUAAGGGCAAUAUACAGAUUUUCGGCAAAUAUCCCAACUUAGAAAUUUUAUCUCUAAAUAAUAAUUGUUUCAAAGAUUUAGCGCUUGUACAGGAAAAUCCAUAUAUGAAAUCCCAUUUUACUUAUAUGACUUCGCAAAACUGGAUACCAUUUCCCAAGUUAAAGAUCCUGGAUCUUUCUAAAAAUAACAUAGAAAGUACCAAUUUUGUAAAACUACUAUCAAACAGCUUAUACUUUCUUGAUCUUCAUGACAAUUCGCUUAGUGAAUUGAACUUAAACGAAAAAGGAAACAAAUUGUUCGCAUUAAACUUGGAUAAAAAUAAGUUUAACAAUAUUCAACAACAGUUUGGGUACGCUUUAUUGAUGGCUGGUCUGAAGAAUCUACAUUAUCUUUCUGUUUCUAGAAAUGAGAUUAAUUCUAUCGAAGUAGAUGCUUUCAAAAACAAUAAUGAAUUGCUUUUUUUGAACUUAUCCUCAAAUCGCAUACGUUACCUACAUCCAAACACAUUUGCAAAUUUGCAGUAUUUAGAAACACUAGAUCUAAGUAUCAACCAACUUGAGAAUGUUCCGUAUAUCCCACAUGAAACAAAAAUUAGCAUUUUAUACGUUAAUAACAACAACAUAAAGAAAAUAAUCUCGGAUACUUUCGUGCAUAUGUCAAAAUUGAUGAAGUUGUUAAUGGGAAAGAAUCAGAUUGAUAAAAUAGAUGUCAAUGCGUUCGCUCAUCUUACUGUCCUAGAAGAAUUAGAUUUGUCGAGCAAUAUGUUAAGUUCUUUGCCGGAAGGGUGGACAGAAUCCCUUGUAUCUUUAAAAUAUUUGAAUUUAAGCGAUAAUAAAUUCACUUCGCUAGAGUCUUUGUCACUGACAAAUACGUUGCCAUUGAUAACAGUAUAUUUAAUGAAAAAUUCAUUAGAAUAUCUUAAUGUUAAAUAUUUUGAGAAUUUACCACAAAAUCUCACUAUUGACUUGAUAAAUUCAAAUUUUACAAAAUAUAUAUGAGAUACAAGUAUUCCGAGUACCCCGAUAGAAGAUGACUGGUAUUGAAAUUUAAUACAUUUUACAUGUCCCAAAUGUUUACUCAAAUUUAUGUGUUAAUUUAACUUAAGAUGAAUGUCAGAAGGUAACAUAAACAUUAUUUAAGAAAAUUA